AUGGUUGGCUUUGCUGGAGAUGAUGCGAACCCCGACGACCAUCGAGGCAACAUGUCUCCCGAUCGUUCACCACCCCACAGCUCCCCACCCCAAACAGAAUCAAGUUACAUAGACCUUCCAUCCUCUUCCCCCAAUCCGCCUUCAAAUUCCCCUCCCGUCGAAUCCCAACCAUCCGAACCGCAAGAUGCAGCGCAAGCAACUCGCAUGCAGAGUGUUUUUCACAGGCUGCUGUUCUCAUCCAGUAGAGGCCACCAGCCAAAUAACACAAGAGAACGCUGGGAUGAAAUGUGCUUUGUAACUUUAAAGCAGACGAACGAAAGGAGAAGAAAGAAUCUGGAACCCAAAGUGCAGUUGAUAUGUUUUGCGAAACGACCUCCUGGAGAUGACAGCCAAAAUGAUCACUUGCAUCUCAUACUAUCACACGAUUUUGAGGAAACAACACGGCAUAUCGAAGGGAUGAACCAGAAUAUGAAGGAAACACCACAAACAAGCGACUCCACAUUAAGUACAACAGUCCAGAUUGAUCUUACGCAAUCAAUCGGCUCGCGUGCAUUCGCAGCAAAGGAGUAUAUGGCAACACUCUUUAGACCUCAGAUGGAGCUGGCAAAAAAAUACGCUGAAAGCUGGUCAAAUGGUAGCCAGGCCAAACUGAUACGCACAUAUAUCGUCGUGGUGGGGAGCGGGGCUCCUAUCCAUUUGGCGAAGCGGUGUUGGCGGCGCUGGCAAGAGUGGUCAUCACAUUCGCGAAAGUAAUUUCACUAUUCUUUGAUAUACAAUUUAUUUAUAUGGUCA